AGAAAUUCUGUGAGUGGCCCUUUAAGCCUCGCCCCGCCCUCUCUCAGUGUACACGUCACAUUGCGGAAGUGUCAACAUGGAGGACGGUAGAGAAGCUUCCACGAAAUCACUUCUCAAAGAUGAGUGCUACACAGACUUCUUGGCGGAUGACUUUGAUGUGAAGACGUACACGGCUCAGGCCAUCCACCAUGCUGUCAUCGCAGAGCAGCUGGCCAAGCUCGCACAGGGCAUCAGUCAGCUGGACAAGGAGCUACACAGCCAGGUUGUGGCCAGGCAUGAAGACCUGCUCUCUCAGGCGACUGGGAUCGAGUCUCUUGAAGGGGUCCUUCAGAUGAUGCAGACGAGGAUCAGCGCUCUGCAGGCUGCUGUCGACAGGAUCAGGACAAAGAUUGUCGACCCGUAUAACAAGAUUGUGGCGCGGAUCACUCAGCUGGCCAGACUGCAGGUGGCCUGUGACCUGCUGCGGAGGAUCAUCCGGAUCUUGUACCUCAGCAAGAGGCUCCAGGGGCAGCUGCAGGGGGGCAGCAGGGAGAUCACCAAGGCUGCUCAGAGCCUCAACGAACUCGAUUACCUGUCACAAGGUGUAGAUCUGAGCGGCAUUGAGGUGAUCGAGAACGACCUGCUGCUGAUUAGCAGAGCCCGGCUGGAGGUGGAGAACCAGGCCAAGAGGCUGCUGGAGCAGGGCAUGGAGAUCCAGAAUCCGACCCAGGUGGGCACAGCCCUGCAGGUCUUCUAUAACCUUGGCAGCCUGAGGGAGACCAUCAGCUCUGUGGUGGGGGGUUACAGGACAACCAUACAGGACAACAUCACCAGCGCUCUGGACAUCAAGGUUCUGACGCAGCCGGCUAACACCCGAGGAGCACCAGGUAGAGCGAUGCUGCCGACGCCUGGGAACACUGCAGCUUUCCGUGCUGCUCUGUGGACCAACCUGGAGAAACUGAUGGACCAGAUCUGUGCUGCGUGCAGACAGGUGCAACAUCUGCAGAAGGUUCUGAUGAAGAAGAGAGACCCCGUCACUCACGUGUGCUUUAUCGACGAGAUCAUCAAGGACGGUCAGCCAGAUAUCCUGUACACCUUCUGGGCCGAUGUGACCAGCACGCUCAGCGAGGAGUUUCACAGAGCCACCGAAGCCUCGUCCUUCCUCAAGCAGGCGUUUGAAGGAGAAUAUCCAAAGCUGCUGCGUCUCUACAACGAGCUGUGGCGCCGCCUGCAGCAGUACAGCACCACCCUGCAGGGGGCGCUGACCAGCACCGGAGGGAUGGACGCAUCCUUGGACAUCAGCAGCACAGAGACAGACAGCCAGGACCUGUUCACACACGGCAAACAGGAUUACAACCCAGAAAAAGCUCUGAAGGACUCUCUGCAGCCGUACGAGGCGGCCUACCUGUCCAAGUCCCUCUCUCGCCUGUUUGAUCCCAUAAACCUUGUGUUCCCGAUGGGCGGCCGCAACCCGCCGUCCAACGACGAGCUGGACAGCAUCAUCAAGACCAUCAGCAGCGAGCUGAACGUAGCCUCAGUGGAUCGGAACCUUUCUCUGGCUGUGGCGAAGAACGCUGCCAAAACCGUCCAACUCUUCUGUGUGAAGUCUGAACAGCUGCUGAGCACUCAGGGCGACGCCAGUCAGGUGAUCGGUCCGCUCACAGAGGGUCAGAGGAGGAAUGUCGCUGUGGUGAACUCUCUCUACCGUCUGCAGCAGGCUGUCGCAAAGAUCAUUUCAGGACUGGGUUCAAGUCCAGAAGCUGCUGCAGAGGCUCUCUCUUCUUCUCUGGAGGGCGUUCAGGCCCUGAUGAGCAGCGCCGUGCAGCCUCUCCUGCAGUCAGUCAGCGACUCCAUCGAGGCAAUCAUCAUCACGCUGCACCAGGAGGACUUCUCAGGGCCUCUGUCUGCUCCUGAUAAGCCGGAUGUCCCGUGCUCGCUCUACAUGAAGGAGCUGCAGGGCUUCAUCACCAGAGUGAUGGCUGACUACUUCAGACACUUCCAGUGUGUGGACUUCAUCUACGAGAGCACAGAGGCCAUCGCUCAGAGGGCCAUCGAGCUCUUCAUCCGCCACACCAGCCUGCUGCGCCCGCUGGGGGAGGGCGGCAAGAUGAGGCUGGCAGCAGACUUUGCUCAGAUGGAGAUGGCGGUGGCUCCUCUGUGCAGGAGAGUAUCUGAUUUAGGGAAACCGUACAGAAUGCUGCGUUCCUUCAGGCCGUUGCUGUUUCAGACCAGCGAGCUGAUAGCCAGCAGUCCAGCAGUGGGUGACCUGAUCCCCUACAGCACCCUGAUCCACUUUUUCUUCACCAGGGCCCCAUCAGAGCUCAAGUCCCCUCACCAGAGAGCAGAGUGGUCCAUCGCACGUUACUCCCAGUGGCUGGAUGAUCAUCCCUCAGAGAGAGACAGGCUCUCUCUUCUAAAGGGCGCUCUGGAGGCCUACGUGCAGUCAGUGAGGGCUCGUCAGGGGAAGGAGUUCGCUCCCAUCUAUCCCAUCAUGCUCCAGCUGUUGCAGAGAGCCAGCAGCAGCAGCAGCAGCUCACAGGAGGUCCGUGCCUGAAGAGGAGCAUCAGGUGUUUCUGUGCACUACGUCAUGACGCCUUUAGCUUAUUUAAGAUUCAAGGGGCUGAUUAAAGUCUGACUGAAUGAAGGGACUCUCUGCAGAGGAAUGUUAGAUCUUACCUGAAUCUCUGUAGUUUUCAAAGCUAACCGAUGUUACACACUAAAGUUCACUACUUGUUGAAUCAUCCAGCUCGGAGUGCAUGAAGGUGACUGAAUCGAACCCUGCAGCAGAGAUCACAGACAUCUUGUUUUGCAUGAGUUAGCUCAGGCUUGUUUUUUUUUAUCCCUAAAGAACAUUGAAAUAAAGAAUUUUCUCCAGUCUUUGGUGCAGUGGUUCAGAUUCAGACACUAUCUUUAACUGACUCAUGUAAUGAUGUGUAUAUAUAUAUAUACACAGUAAUGACAUCAAUCUGUGAAGUGUUAAUUGAAGACUCUUGAGAAUAAACGUAGGGAUAAUGUGGGA